AACCCACCACCCCUCACACACUUGCUUUUGUUUCCCUGUAAUUGCAUCUUUUUUUAUGUCAGCGCUUUCCUUCUUGUUCCUUUCUGUCUCACAAUUCUGCAAGUCCCCAAGUUUUCGCAUUCCCUCAUGAAACUGAAGCUGAGAAUUGUGUCCAAGGCAAGGCAGCUCCUGACUGCAUCCUCAGAGGAGGACAAGGUGGUCAAUAGUGAACAAUUGGACUCCAGGAGACAGAGCGCCGGCCAUGGUACAAAGGAUGAGACCUUCUUUGAUUCACAGACAUGGUUAGUAGAUUCAGAUUGUGAAGAUGAUUUUGUCAGUGUCAAUGGAGAUUUCGUUCCUUCCAGUUCCAGAAAUCAACUGGGCAACAUCUUCUCCCCUACUAGUUUUCCUGAAGUUAUCUCUGAGCCUCCGACUUAUGGGAAAAGAAGUCUUGCUGAACUUCUUCAGGAGAGUCAACUAGAUGAACUGGAAAUCAAACAAAACGAUGCCAAUCACAAGUUGAAAGUCAAUGGACAGCCAUGCCGAGAUGACAUUAAUUCUCCAGAUCACAAGGAUUCAAGUCAUCAGAAAGCUAAAAAAAUGAAGCCCAAGCAGCGUUGCUUGUCAAGCUUGGUGCAGAGUCUGAGUUUCAAGGACAGGAGGAACCGCAAUGUUAAUGAGCUCUAGUUUGCUUAACCUGUUCUCUUGUUACGCUUAAAUUAGAAUGACAGAUGCUUAUGAGUUGAA